CACGUCGCCACGGUGGAGCAAACGAUAAGCUGAUAAGGUAACAGUAGUAUCUUGAGCUUCGGGACUUGAGCGCCCGUGCAGCCUGGACCAAGCUCUGCUGCCCUGCGAAGCCCGAAAUCAUGGCGCGAGCUUGCAACCACGCGCUGAGGCUGCUGCCGAAUCCUGUCUCGACGCCGCUCCCAGGCAGCCGACGCCGCCGCGGCGCCCGGCGCCGAACCCUCGCCGUGUGCGCGCAGCUUCCGUCCGAAGACGACGCCUACCCGACGGAGCCAUUGAGGAAAGUGCAAGUCACACAGAGCGUCCGGAGGAGCCGCCGGAAGGGAACCGGCGGCGCGCGGCAGAGCCUGGUCUCGGUCGGAACGGCGCGCGGCGGAGGGGAUCAGUGGAGCGGCGACUUCGACCUGACGAUGCGGCAGCUGCACCUGGACGAUCUUAUCGAGGACGGGCAGAGGGACGCCGAUGUGCUCGUGCACCUUCUAGUUCAGCAGCAUACUCAGUUUGGGAUGUCAAUAAAAGGGCGAGUCCUCACAUCGUUCAGAAAAAUAUGCGACUCCUGCUCCUCUCCCUACUGUACAAACAUCGAUGAGAAAUUCAAUCUCACAGUUCUGUCUUCAUCAAGGAGAGAUCAGAGCGGGCUGCCAUAUCUCGGUGACAGCGAUCCGUCGGUCAUCUAUGUGAGACCAGGAGAGGAAGUUGAUCUUGACUCGGUAAUCCAAGAGACUGUACGAUUAACGGCAUCAGCUAAGAGUUCUUGUUCAGAGACCUGUGAAAAGUCUACAGUCGUAUGGCAAUAUGGUAGUAACCGGAGGAAGAAGAGUUCCAGUCAAAGAUGGUCAAAACUUCUUGAUCUAAAGAAAACCCUGGAUAAAGCGUCUAACUGAAUUAGUACUGUGCAUCAUUGAAUUACAGAUGGAGCUUCAUCGUGCAAUGCUACAUAGAGUGCAUUCGAUAUGCCAGAUACUACUGCCAAAAUGAUGCUGAUAUGCAAGUUGAAAGUUAUGACCACCUGUCUCAAUCAGAUAGAUUGAUGGUUGUAACCUACUGGCUAUCUGAUCUGAAUGGUAUAUACGUGAAUCUUAGAUAGCCAUUUGUAAUGUAAAGAAUAAAUAUCAAUGGGCUUGAUUGGCCAUUGACUGGUCAUGUUCAGGCUUCAGAACUCAAAUACAGGGUAACACAGUUUUCUUUAGUCAGUUCGGAGAAUAAAUGAAUUCAACAAGUUUUUGUUGAACCCAAUACUUGUUGGCACAAUCAUGUACUAUUCAGUAUUGUUUCCAGCUAAGUGGCUCACCAUAACAA